AUGACGGAGAUUCUGCGCGAGAUUCUGCGCGACUCUUUUGAGGGUCGCCAGGCCAGGUAUCAAGUGCGGGAAUGCGGAGAAGACACACUUUCCUUUCUCUCUCACUCACGCGACCACCACUCGCCCACAUUCGCACGCACCUUUUCUCAAUCUCCUCUCUCUAGCAUCCAUCAGAUAUCAGAUAUCUCACAUCUCAUCUUGAGUAUCUCCAGCAAGGACACGUUCAUAAACGCACCAACCGAAUUCCCCAAUUACUACGCAUCAUCCUCACCACCCCACGACGCGUCAACAACCUCAUCAGUCCUCUCUCCCAAAUCGGGCCCUGAUGACACACUGUCUCUGCCCUCCGCCCGGACCACGCCCAAGACGCCCUUUGCCGAAGUCUCCACGCCAGACCUAGGCUCGGGCCCCCCGGCUGCCCCGAGGCCCCGUCCCUUCUGGCCCCCUGGCACGCCCCGAUCCGAGGGAGCAGAGUCCCAUGUCGUCGUAGCCCCGGUGACGUCCGAGGACCAUGAGCAGAGGACAGUGGCUGGGUUCCCGGCCACGAAGAAAUCCUCGAGAGACAUGGAGGGCCCUACCCGGAUACGGUCUAGCAUAGCCUGCUUGCGAUGCCGAAGGUCGAAGAUCAAGUGCGACAACACCGGGCAUUUGGAUGCCGCCUGCGAGAACUGUAUCAAGUCCGGCCACAAGUGCGAGUGGCCCGAUCCGUCGCCGCUUCCCCCCAAGAGAUCCGACCCCCCCACCAAUCUCAGGCAGGACAAAGAAUCCGGCCACGAAAGGAAGCGGUUCAAGAAGAUCGUGGACACCUCCGUCCAGGACAGCCGGCGUUAUGCCGAGGAUAUCCUGUCGGCGCCCUUCCUCGACAGGGACGUUUGGGACCAAAUCUUUUCCACUUACAAGCGUCACUUUGCCACCGAGCUCCCUUUCCUUCACAUCCCGACACUAAAAGACAAGAUCUUCCAGUCCGAUAAAGACCGGACCGCGUCGUCCACUUCCCCCGAGCUCAACCUGGUUCUCCUCGGGCUCUUGGCCCUCACGGCACGGUAUCACCACGACCUCGUCAAGUACGUCGACCACAUGUCGUCCCAUCAGUCGCAAGACAGGUCGACGCCUUCGGUCCCCGCGUCGCAGGACAAGACUGUGGGUUCCAAGUCCCGUGCCGGCCGGAUCAGGUCAGAGGCGGCCGCCGCCUCCGAGUUCUUCGCCAACGCCCUCGACAAGGCGCUCGGCUCUCUCAAGACCGCCAUGACCAAGGCCACCGUGGAACGGGUGCAAGCCCUCCUCAUGCUUGGCCUCUACGAAUGGAUCUCCAGGAACCACGACGGCCUGGGAUCUUGGAUGUACGUCGGCAUGGCCGUCCGAAUGGCGCAGGCCCUCAAGCUCGGCUUCGGCGACAGGCAGCCUCUCGUGGACAAACCGCCCCCCGUUAUGACGGAAGACAUGAUCAUUGACCGGGAAGUGAGGAGGCGCACCAUGUUCAGCUGCUUCAUCCUCGAUCGCCUCUUGUCCUGCGGCAUAGAACGCGUCUCGCUGAUCCGCUCCGAGGACCUGCAGAUCCAGUUGCCGUGUACCGAGGAAGACUUCGACCUGACCCGCCAGGUGUACACGGGUUUCCUCAAGACGUCCGACAACGAUUGCGCGGAUCCCCGACCGGUGGUCGAGAACAGCCCGAAUGCCCUCGCUCUUUUCGUGCAGUUGGUCGAUAUCUGGGGCGACAUCUCCCGGUACAGCUAUUCCGGGGGCCGGUUUUCCGAGGCCAAGGGCAUCACCCCGUGCGACGAAAGAGCCCGCUUCGCCCGUUUGCGACGGCAGCUCGACUGCUUCGGCGAGAGGCUCCAAAACCCAAAGGUGUUCAUGAACUUUACACUUUCUCGGUCCAACUAUUUCAAGCACGACAAUCGCCAGGGCGCCUCUACCUACGUCUCGCUCCACAUGCUGCUUUCCCUGUGCAAGAUCAUGCUGCUUCGCGAGUACAUUCCCUUCAUCCCCAUCAAGUGUGCUAAGCCGAGCGGGCCGUUGGAUCCUCCCACUUUCACGCCCGGGGAGGUCCCGCCCGUGUUCUGGGAGGAGACGGCGAAAGAACUGUUCCGCGCGGGGAGGGACAUCGUCGACCUGAUCGAAAUCUGCGGGGACAAGCUGCCGCAUUCCUCGCUCGUCGUGUUCGCCAUCUGGCAGGCGGCCUUCAUUGGCAUUUACGCUCGGCACUUUCCCCACAUGGACAUGGACAACUCCCUGGUCAGCGAAGAGGAAAUCCGGGAUCGCGCUCUGGGAGGGCACACGGACGCCACGGCGACAGGGACAGGGACAGGGACAGGGACAGGGACAGGGACAGCAAGUGGCACCAAAGUGACGUUCGACGCACUUGGUAAACUGGCGCAACACUCGAACCUGGCCGCUGUAUACGUGGCCAAAUUUAGAGAAGCCGAGGAAUUCUUUGCCAAAGUGGUAGCGGACUACCAUCGGAAUGUUGGAAGACAAAAAAUCGCCAGGGGUCAAGAUGGGGGAGGACAGAGGUUAAGCAUCCGCAUGGGCGGAGAUACGGGCGGGAUCGAGGAGUGGGUGAAGAGACAAGAAGGGAUCACGAACAACGCAUCCAUUAUAGAGGAGGAGCGACAACGCAGUUACGCCGAUGGUUACGAUGGGCCACAGGGACCACAUGGACCACAUGGAGCUCACGGACCUCACGGAUCUCAUGGAACUCGCACGAACCAUGCAGACAGUGCUUCUUCCAUCGCCCCCGAACGUGUGGGAACGUCUUCCCGGUCGCAACUCUCCUCCUUUUCGGCCAUCAACGGCCCCCGGACCCAACCGACGCCGAAUCCCGAUGCCCACCAUUUCCCGGGCAUGAGGGAAGAAGCGAGAUGCCAUCAGCACGUCCACUACGGUCCCGUGUCCCAACAGCUCACCGGAUCCGACAGUCCCGCGGCAGACAGCACGAUCAUGGUCCCCGACACCACGAUCGGUUCGGAUUUGAAAGUCAUGGAAGACGUGGAAGGCAAGCGGUUCGGGACUUCAUACGUCGAUAUUCCGGAUUUCAUAGGAUUUGGCGAUUUUGGGAUACUGCCGAGUCUGUGGCCGAUGGAGCCGGGGAUGGGUGCCGUGGACGACGACGGAACCAAGCUCGUCUUUGACCACAUCCCGGCAGCAGAGGGGAUGGCAGCAUCAUCCGAACUUGGCUGCUGA